CCUAUUCCAAUCCAAGCAACGUCAAAUUGCAUUGCGAAAGGUUUUGUUACUGACUUUUGGAAUUCGCUGAUGUAAAGUAAUCUGAUCUGUUGACAGUCAGCUAAUUCUAUCAGUGUUUCAAAUCAAUUCACGUCCUUUCUGAAAGAAUAAGAUAAAGAUGAAUACGUCAAUGACCGCAAAAGAAAUUAGAAAUGGCUAUAUCAACUUCUUCAAGGAUAAGAAAGACCAUAUUUACUGGCAUUCAUCGUCUGUAAUACCUUUGGAUGACCCAACAAUUCUCUUUACUAACGCUGGCAUGAAUCAGUACAAACCAAUCUUUCUGGGUACUGUGGAUCCAUCGACUGACAUGGCCAAGUUGGUUCGAGCCGUCAACACUCAGAAGUGUAUCCGAGCUGGAGGAAAACACAAUGACCUGGAUGAUGUGGGCAAGGAUGUUUAUCAUCACACGUUUUUUGAGAUGAUGGGCAACUGGUCUUUUGGAGACUACUUCAAGAAAGAAAUUUGUGCUUGGGCUUGGGAGCUGCUGACAGAGGUUUUUAAACUGCCAGGUGAUCGUCUCUAUGUAACUUACUUUGGUGGAAGCAAAGCUGCGGGCCUCGAGCCUGAUGAUGAAUGCAAGCAAAUCUGGCUUAAUUUGGGUAUUCCCCCAAGCCACGUGAUUCCUGGGAGCAUGAAGGACAACUUCUGGGAGAUGGGCGAGACAGGUCCCUGUGGCCCGUGCUCUGAGCUCCACUAUGACAGGAUUGGAGGCAGAGAUGUUCCAGAACUUGUCAACCAAGAUGACCCGGAUGUUCUGGAGAUCUGGAACCUCGUGUUCAUUCAGUUCAAUAGAGAGAAUGAUGGGAGUUUGCGUCUUCUACCAAAGAAGCACAUUGAUUGUGGAUUGGGAUUGGAAAGACUGGUCUCUGUAAUACAGGACAAAAGAUCCAACUAUGACACGGAUAUAUUUGUACCCAUCUUUGAUGCUAUCCAAAAGGCUACACAAGCUCGUCCGUACACUGGCAAGGUGGGAGCAGAAGAUAAAGACGGUGUAGACAUGGCGUACAGAGUAUUAGCCGAUCAUGCCAGGACAUUGACCAUUGCACUAGCCGAUGGCGGACGGCCUGACGCCACUGGCCGAGGGUAUGUACUGAGACGCAUUUUGAGAAGAGCUGUUCGCUACGGCACUGAGAAGUUGAAUGCUAAGCCAGGAAUGUUUGCUUCACUGGUACACACCGUGGUGGAUAUACUCGGGGACACAUUUCCUGAGAUCCAAAAAGAUCCACAGACUAUAGUUGACAUCAUUAACGAGGAGGAAGAACAGUUUUUGAAAACUCUGAAUCGAGGGAGAAAUCUUCUCUACAACACUAUUAGUAAACUGACAGGCACGAAAGUGAUACCUGGUGAUGUCGCAUGGAGACUAUAUGACACAUAUGGGUUUCCUGUCGAUCUUACCCAACUGAUGGCAGAAGAAAGAGGAAUGGCCAUUGAUAUGCAUGGGUAUGAAGAAGCCAAGAAAAAAGCCCAGAUUUUAAGUCAAGGCAAGUCUGCUGGUGCUGAAGACACUUUGAGUUUGGAUGUUCACUCAAUCACUGAACUGCAGAACAAGAAAAUCCCUCCGACAGAUGAUUCCUUCAAGUACAAGUACAAGGCUUCCAGUAACGACAAGAACGCAGAUUAUGUGUUUGAAGGCUGCACUGCCAAAGUGAUUGCACUGAGGCACAACAAACAGUUUGUGCAGACUGUCACAAAUGAGGAAUGCGGUGUUUUGCUGGACAAAACUAACUUUUACGCAGAACAAGGAGGUCAGAUAUUUGAUGAAGGUUACAUGGUCAAGGAUAAAGAUCAGGCGGUAGAGUUUACUGUUAAGAACGUCCAAGUGAAGGGAGGCUACGUGCUACACACUGGCAGUCUGGAAGGCACUCUGCGUGUUGGCGACACUGUCUCUCUACACGUAGACACUGCACGGCGACGGUUGGUGAUGAACAACCACUCUGGCACUCACAUCCUCAACCACAUUCUGCGCAGCGUACUGGGCCCUGAGAGUGACCAGAAGGGCUCGCUUGUGGCUCCUGAUAGACUCAGAUUUGACUUCACAAACAAGGGUGCGAUGACUGAGGACCAGUUGAAACGCACAGAGUUGGACAUGCAACAGUUUAUAGCCAAGAAUGACCCGAUUUUUGCUCAACACACAAGUUUGGCGGAUGCUCGGAAGAUUGUGGGUUUGCGGGCAAUGUUUGACGAGACCUACCCGGACCCUGUACGAGUGGUCAGUGUUGGGGUGCCUGUAGAGGAGUUAGUCAAAGACCCGACAUCACCCAAAUCACUACAAACCUCCGUCGAGUUUUGUGGAGGAACUCACCUUCACCGUUCAGGACACAUAGGAGACUUUGUGGUAGCAAGUGAGGAGGCUAUAGCUAAAGGCAUCAGGAGAAUAGUCGCUCUCACUGGACCAGAGGCUACUAAGGCUCUCAACAGAACGAAGGUUUUGGAGAAGCGAGUGAAUGAGCUGGAAGCCAGCUUGAAGAGUUCCAACCUCUCACACAAGGACGUGGUGAAGAAAAUAACUGAACUGACUAAUGAUAUUUCCCACACCACCAUAUCUGCCUACAAAAAGGAUGAGAUGCGAAACCACUUAAAAGUGAUCAAGAAGAGUUUGGACGACAAAGAGCGUGAGGAGAAACAGGCGCAGGCUAACAAUGUUAUCAAGGAGGCAGUGGCUCUGGCCAAUGAGAACCCCAACACCCCUCUGUUGGUAGCUGAGCUGUGUGCAUCAUCAAACACAAAGGCCCUGGACUCAGCCUUGAAGAACGUUCGAGGUCAAUCACCCGAGACUGCUGCAAUGUUCUUCUCCGUUGACACUGACACUAACAAGAUAUUUUGCCUGUGCUCAGUGCCUAAGAACGCAAUCAACAAAGGGCUAAAAGCUAAUGAGUGGGUGAACGCAGUAAGUUCUCUGAUGCAAGGCAAAGGUGGAGGUAAAGCUGAAAACGCACAAGCUUCUGGUUCUAACAUAGCAGCAAAGGAUAGCAUUAUCUCCACAGCUCGGGCUUUUGCUGAAGGGAAGUUGGGAAUCGCGAGCACUGCACAAGUGAAUGGAGGCAUCUCCAAAGAUAUUGAAAAGGAAACAUUGUACUGCCCGGCCGGCAGCAUGGCAAGAGUCAGGUGUUCAAUUGUAGCAUCUUUUGCCAAGAAAAACCUAAAAACCACCAACGACAGCCAGACUAUUUUUAAAGAUAACCAUAUCGAACUGACAGAGCCCAAUGCAAUCUCGCUCUACCUCGCCAGCUCUGAUUUGAAAGGGAAGACUUUAGUCGAGGAAGCGCAGAUCCUACAGUGGAUGAGCUACUGUGACCAGCACAUCUGUCCUGCAGUCGGCUCCUGGGUACAUCUUGUCUUGGGUACUUCUACGCCUCAAAUACCUCUGGCAAGGGCAAAAGAAGAUGUGGUCAAGGCUCUGAAAUACCUAGACACUGUCCUGCUCGCAAAAACAUACCUGGUGGGUGAAAGAAUCACUCUGGCAGACCUCGUUGUCUUCACUGGAGUGUUACCAGCUUACAUUCACGUUCUAGAUGCCGACACGAGGAAAGCGUUUGUCAACACUAACAGGUGGUUCAACACUAUCCUGAAUCAAGAACCAGUCAAGAAAGUGGUUGGAAGUGUUGAACUGUGUGCAGCACCGGUUCAGAGCAAGAAAGGUGGGGCGAAAAAAGAGAAGAGCAAGUAAGAAUCAAGUAUUAGUGGAGAGAGAUUAUAAGAUAAAACUGAUGGUAUUGGUCGGGGUCGAUUAACAUUGUCGGUUCAAGGUGUCUUUAAUUAAAAAAUUUAUUUAUAUUUUGAUUUGUAUGUCUAUUGAAAAAUCAAUUUUAAUAACAUUUAUUCAUAGCUUUAUUUAAAUUGAUAUUUUUAGCUUAUUUAAUUCGCUUUUUUAAAAUAGUUAUGUCUCAGUUCCGGUUUUUUUUUACUUUAGGAAAUUAGUUAUGAUUUACAAUUAUUGUAAAAAAAUUAAGGAAUAUUAUAAGUAAGUGCCAUUAUACAAUAAUUAUCAAUUUUUUUAUACCAUAAUGGAAAGUUACAUGUUGCAGAUAUGAUGCAGUUGAUAAGUCUUGGUAAUUUUUGAGAAGGUUGUUUAUCUGAUUGUUAUAAAAUAGAAAGUUUUGCACAGA